CGGGCCGGGGGGCGGCGGCGGCUGCGACGACCGAUCCGCCGCUGCCUGAUCGUUGGCGGGAGAUGUCGAACCCCGGGACGCGCAGGAACGGCUCCAGCAUCAAAAUCCGUCUGACAGUAUUAUGUGCCAAGAACCUUGCAAAGAAAGACUUCUUUAGACUCCCUGACCCCUUCGCUAAGAUUGUCGUGGAUGGCUCUGGGCAGUGCCAUUCAACCGACACUGUGAAAAACACGUUGGACCCUAAGUGGAACCAGCACUAUGACCUAUACGUUGGGAAAACUGACUCGAUAACCAUCAGUGUGUGGAACCACAAGAAAAUCCAUAAGAAACAGGGAGCUGGCUUCCUGGGCUGUGUGCGGCUGCUCUCCAAUGCCAUCAGCAGAUUGAAAGACACUGGCUACCAGCGUUUGGAUCUAUGCAAACUAAAUCCCUCAGAUACUGAUGCAGUUCGUGGCCAAAUAGUGGUCAGUUUACAGACCCGAGACAGAAUAGGCAGUGGAGGGUCGGUGGUGGACUGCAGAGGACUGCUAGAAAAUGAAGGAACAGUGUAUGAAGACUCAGGGCCAGGAAGGCCACUCAGCUGCCUCAUGGAGGAGCCAGCCCCUUACACAGAUGGCACUGGUGCUGCUGCAGGUGGUGGGAACUGUCGCUUUGUGGAGUCUCCAGGUCAAGAUCAGAGACUUCAGGCACGACUCCGAAAUCCUGAGGUCCGAGGGUCAUUACAGACGCCCCAGAACCGACCGCAUGGCCACCAGUCACCGGAGCUGCCUGAAGGCUAUGAACAAAGGACAACAAUACAAGGACAAGUUUACUUCUUGCACACGCAGACUGGAGUGAGCACGUGGCACGACCCUAGGAUACCCAGUCCCUUGGGGACCAUUCCGGGGGGAGAUGAAGCUUUUCUAUACGAAUUCCUUCUACAAGGCCAUACAUCUGAGCCCAGAGACCUUAACAGUGUGAAUUGUGACGAACUUGGACCGCUGCCUCCAGGCUGGGAAGUCAGAAGUACAGUGUCGGGGAGAAUCUAUUUUGUAGAUCAUAAUAAUCGAACCACGCAGUUUACAGACCCAAGGUUACACCACAUCAUGAACCACCAGUGCCAACUCAAGGAGCCCACCCAGCCACUGCCGCUGCCCAAUGAAGGUUCCGUGGAAGACGAGGAGCUGCCUGCCCAGAGAUAUGAAAGGGAUUUAGUCCAGAAGCUGAAAGUCCUCAGACAUGAGCUGUCGCUUCAGCAGCCCCAAGCCGGUCAUUGCCGCAUCGAAGUUUCCAGAGAAGAAAUAUUUGAGGAGUCCUACCGUCAGAUCAUGAAGAUGCGGCCCAAAGACCUGAAGAAGCGGCUCAUGGUGAAGUUCCGUGGGGAGGAAGGCUUGGACUAUGGCGGAGUAGCACGGGAGUGGCUUUAUUUGUUGUGCCAUGAAAUGUUGAACCCAUAUUAUGGACUCUUCCAGUAUUCCACGGACAACAUUUACAUGUUGCAAAUCAACCCAGAUUCUUCAAUCAACCCUGAUCAUCUGUCGUAUUUCCACUUUGUGGGUCGGAUCAUGGGUUUGGCUGUGUUCCAUGGACACUACAUAAAUGGGGGUUUCACAGUUCCCUUCUACAAGCAGCUUCUGGGGAAACCCAUCCAGUUGUCAGACCUGGAGUCAGUGGACCCAGAACUACACAAGAGCCUGGUGUGGAUUUUAGAGAAUGACAUCACCCCAGUGCUGGACCACACCUUCUGUGUGGAACACAAUGCUUUUGGGCGGAUUCUUCAGCAUGAACUGAAACCCAAUGGUAGAAAUGUGCCCGUCACAGAAGAGAACAAGAAGGAAUAUGUCCGGUUGUAUGUAAACUGGAGGUUUAUGAGAGGAAUUGAAGCUCAGUUCUUAGCGCUUCAGAAAGGGUUUAAUGAACUCAUUCCCCAACACUUACUGAAGCCCUUCGACCAGAAGGAACUAGAGCUGAUAAUAGGUGGUCUGGAUAAGAUAGACCUCAACGACUGGAAGUCAAACACGCGGCUAAAGCAUUGUGUGGCUGAUAGCAACAUCGUCAGGUGGUUCUGGCAGGCAGUGGAGACCUUUGACGAAGAGAGGAGGGCCAGGCUUCUGCAGUUCGUGACGGGAUCCACACGCGUCCCUCUCCAAGGCUUCAAGGCCCUGCAAGGCUCUACAGGCGCGGCAGGGCCCCGGCUCUUCACCAUCCACCUGAUAGAUGCCAACACGGACAACCUGCCCAAGGCACAUACCUGCUUUAACCGGAUCGACAUCCCGCCCUAUGAAUCCUAUGAGAAGCUCUAUGAGAAGCUGCUGACGGCGGUGGAGGAGACCUGUGGCUUUGCCGUGGAGUGAGGAACAGCCCAUGGUAGCAGAAUCUCACUCACAGCCACCAGACCCAAAGCAUACGGCAUCUGCGCGCCUUCCGCAAAGCAGGCUGAGGCCUGGGACUCCGGAUAACCCGAGGGAAAAGGCUUGCCUCCCUCCUCGUCGGGGGUGGGCAGGCCGGGGGACUUUUGUAGGUGGCUCCCACCCAUUUAUCCCGUUUAUUAUAGUUCUCUCACCCCCACCAUUGCCCAUCCAAUAAAACACAGCCAGGUUUUGCCCUCGGCCUCCAUCACUGGCGGAAAAGCUGUGCUGGCUCUUGGAGCACCAACCCGCAGUAAGGGCCACCCGGGCCCUGAGGGUCUGCACGGUCACCAUACCAGCUCGUCCCUCUGGGCACAGCCUCCGGUCCUGUCCCAGCGCAGCAGCUUACCAGAGCUCAGAUUCCUAAUUGCGUGUCCAGGCAGCCCAUUCUGGGCAGCACAUGAUUUCUAACUGAAAAAUAACUGUACAGUCUAUGCUCACUGGAAUCCUGCCACGGCAGGAAGCUCCCGUCAAGCCGCGUUGCCCCCAUGCGAGGGGGUAGUAGUGGAGCAGCGGCCUCUGGAGGCCCAGGGUGUUUCUUUUCAGGGUAGCCUGGCUGAAAAAUGGUUUUGCACAGAAAAAAAAAAAAAAAAUCUUUCCUUUAAGAGUCUCUUUUGCUGCAUUUCUAUCCAGUUUGAAAUUCUUUCUGGUGAAAACAUGGCGUCAUGGAGCUUAGUAAAGAACAGACCAAAAACCAGCCUCAGAUCCCGUCAGUCAGUCCUGCGUGGACUCCUGUGCCGCGUCAUACCUGGAGGAUCGACUGUGUCUCUUGACAUGUUAACAGACUUUUAUGUGUUAAUGCUGAGAGCUAAACUAACUAUCCUGUUACCAUAGCUGCUGGCAGUGCGGACAGCUGAGAGGGGAGAGUGCUGAUGGCCUCACUGACCAGCUUCCUGGGGUGAUGCAACCUGUGACAAGAGUGGGGACUUCACUCUCCCCACUAAGUGGUCCUCUCCCCCUGUGGCAAUGGUGACGGUAACAGUGCUAUUUGAUUUGCUUGCCCAGAUGUCUCCAUAUGAGGACGAGGCCAAAUCCAGCCUACACGUCACAUUUCGAACAGCAUUUCCAAUUUGCACAAAAGUUCCAACAGUGUUUGAUUUUACAGAGUGGCUGGAUGUCAGACAGCUAAACUUCUGUGGAAGACAGCAGUGGCAACCAGUUUUCCCAUAUGGUUUUGUCGUUUUAGUUUGUGGUGAGGGCACAAACAGGGUAAUUCAUUAAUAAGACAUUUCACCGCUGUUGAAGUUCAAGUUGUGCCCUGGGCUCCAGCUGUGCCUGAGGUGACUGGGAAGCCCUGUGCGAUGACCUGUGUCUGUGUCUUUGUGUUUUAGCCUUGGGCUGGAGGGAUGCGGAACACCUUCCCUCCCACGUCCGCUGUGGUUCUUUGACUUGCCCUGGAAGCAAGCGGCUGGUGAUGUGAGCCAGGGAGGCUGGGUUCUUAGUCACAGAGCCCACCACUGACCCAGGAGGUUACCCAGUUCCGUAGCCAGUGGGCUCAUGGGUGAGGGUUUCAGCUGCACCCUGAGGUGCAGGGACAAGAGGGUGCCAGUUUGGCCUUGCUCCAGGAGCAUGUUGAAGUGGUGGCCAACGUGGGGCCUUAUUACUCUUUCAGUUUUCUGCCUUGGCCCACAGGGCUUCUCACACAUCUUGUUCACCUUGAUGCUUCAUAGGGUGUUCUAGAAACUGGCUCCCUGUGACUCCCCCUCUCUUCCCCUGCCAUCUGCCUCGUGAAAUAUGAGGAAAUGAACUCCAGGCCCCAGAGAGGCCUACCCUGUUCCCUGAGUCCAAUCUGGGGGAGGUGGCCAGACUCCGCAGUGAUGCCCCCUCCUUCUUGAGGUUGGAAGCCCUGCUGAUGUCCUGGUGACAUACCCAAACCUGCAUUGAUGAAGGCAACCAGGGUUUCGUGCUGGAAGACUCGCAGCAGGAGCGUUGCGUCUCGUGCCUUGCACACUAUCUUCCUGCUGCUGGGAGCAGUGGAGAAGGAUCCUCAGAAGCUGUACCCCGGCCCCAUUCCUCUUUGUCAGGUGUCCCUCACACGGUUCAGAGUUUGGGGCCCGGGCCCACAGGCUGGGUCAGCAGACACACACACAUACGCAUUCUGUCCUGCCGUGACCUCUGGCUUUUCUGCUUGCACUUGCGCAUGGGUUUGCCCUGUGGCGCUGCCACCAGCCAUGCGUACCAGACUCCCCACUUCGUCUGCUUUGUGCGCAGCCCCAUCUGUGGCGUUGCACUUUUGGAACCUUGUCUACCACCCCAAAGGACAUGGCGUGGCAGGCCCACAGCAAAGCUCCUGGUUGCCCCACUGGGAGUCCACGUGAAGCCCCUUCACAUUCUUGUUUGUCACUCUUCCCCAGGGGCCCAGGUGACCCACUGUCCCUCUUCGCCCAGAUGCUUCAGGGCCUAGCUUUCCAGGCUGGCCCUCAGCAGCGGCCACAGCCGACACUCAGGGAUGUAGCAAACCGCCCUCUGCAGCGCCUUGGGAGGAAGGGUGCGGGGCUCAGCAGGAAAAGCACACUUGGUUUUGUAAGAAUCUGCCACUAGAGAGGGUGUCCCCCCAAGCUGGCUCAGCCACGUGGUCCAAAUUCAGAAGACCUGGGCCUCCACUCAGAUGUCUGGAACAGCCUUCUGCAGAGAACAUGCCCUGCCCCACCCAGCUGCAGCCAGCGUGCGCCGCACAGCAGCCUUCCCAAAACAUAGUAUGGGUUUUUAAAACUCUUUAUUUUUGUUUCUCAACCACUUUAUAAUGUAUUUAAUUUAUUUUGUAAUGUCUUGUUUUUAAGUACUGCUGCUAUUCUUGUUAUCCUCCCCACUGUUUUUAUUGCUGAUUUAUUUUUGUGACAGUUGUACACUAAUGUUCUGUUUUAUGUCAAAAAUCAAAGUAUUUAAAGAAAUACUAGUUCUAUUUAAUGUGGUCAUGGAACCAGCUGGAAACACAAAACAGUGAUUGUGCAGCAGGCUGGACCCGGGAGGUCAGGUUCAUUUUGUUACAUAUGCAAUAAACUCACGACUGUACCCUUGG